GGAGCUUAACAGAAGAAAAAAAAGCUUUUGAGUGGGUUUGCUUUUCUGGUCAUCCCGUUCUGGCAAAACAUUUUUAACAAUGGUGAAGAUUUUUGUGGGAAAUCUGCCGCAAGCAGCGACGGAGGAUGAACUCCGGCAGCUCUUUGCAGAGUAUGGUGCAGUCACUGAAUGUUCCAUUGUCAAAAAUUUUGGCUUUGUCCACAUGGAGGAUCGUAAGGCUGCUACCAAAGCCAUCCGGAGUCUUCACAUGCACAUGCUUCACGGCACGCCGAUCAACGUGGAGGCUAGCCACGGCAAGAACCAAAGUCCGGUCAAACUGCACGUAUCAAACGUGGAGAAGGGAUGUGACGCUCAGCUCCGUGCGCUCUUUGAAGAGUACGGUACGGUCACAGAGUGUGCUGUUGUUAAGAAUUUUGCUUUUGUACACAUGCCCAACUAUGAAGAGGCCAUGGAUGCCAUGAGGGGACUGGAUAACACAUUGAUUCAAGAGAAACGCAUCCAUGUUCAGGUCUCCAAGAGUCGUCCCAAAUACGAUGAAUCUGAAGAAUACCCGCCUCCUCCCCCAGACAGAGGCAGCUACUGGCCACCGCAAUAUCCAGGAGAGAGACCUGCACCUCCACCACCCAGCUACAUGAGGGGCCGCGCUAUGCCCCCAGGUUACCCCGCUCCUCCUCCUCCUCCUCUGCCGCCCCCUCUCCCCAGACGAGCUGUUUAUCCACAGCACUACGAGAGUGACGGGUACAGCAUGGUAGAUUACUAUGAGAAGUAUAGAGCCCGUCCGUAUGGUGUCUCUCCUUAUGAGGGCCAGCGUACCGGCCCCCCACCUCCUCCGCCUCCACCGUCAGCCGUCGUACGAGGUCGUCCACUGAGCUCGUCGCUUGACCCAUAUGAGCGUCGGCCCCUUCCGCCACCACUUACCCCUCACCCUUCAGCGUACUACGCCCGAGAUCGCAGCCCCAUCGGGCGGGCGCCCGCUGCACCUAUGCCCCCUCCCAGUAACGGCUACUCUUAUGAUCGUUCUGCAUAUGGAGUUCCACGUGCGAGGGACCCCUACGCUAACAGGCUGCCUCCGCCACCCCCUCCACGCUAUGCCUAUUAAAGCGAGACGUCGACGUUGAAGGGUUGUUGUCUGCGUCGUCGCCUGCCGCCUUCUGAUGCACGUGAUUCUAUCUUCCUGUCCGUGGCUGAGCGCGUUACGUUUCUCUGCGACGCUCACAAGAAGAACUAAUUUCUCUACGUCCUUGUCGAUAAUUUGUUUUUAUUUAGGAUCAGGUUUACGCCUUUUCUCUCCUGUGUGUUAUUACUGGUGUCAUUUUACUGUAUUUUUAUUGGUUUAGGUCUCAAUGGGGCAGCUCCUGUUUAAACUAAUUAGAUUGAAUAACUAAUGUUGUGUGUAGAUGAUAUUAGCACCAAUUUAAAGACGGAACUUCAUUUUCUUCUCGACCUAACAUGCACGUUGGUUCCAUCGUGUUAGUUUUCCUUUAAACCCCAAACCCCUGUGGCGUUGUAAGCUGAUACGAUGUAGAUGUAGAUACGUAUACGUAACUGUUUAUUGGCCUGUGGACACAUUGCAUCAACAAUGUGUAUUGUAAAAACACCACACAUUUGUAUCGUGAUUGUUUCUAAAUGCUCCUAAAACCUCUGAUCCUGUUACCGUUUAAGAUGAGUCGAAUGCGGUUUCACGAUUCUCCCCUUGGUAAAAUAAAUGGCAGGCUUGUUAAAA